AUGAUGGACCUUUUUGAAACUGGCUCCUAUUUCUUCUACUUGGAUGGGGAGAAUGGAGCCCUGCAGCAGCUGGAGAUGGCUGAAGGAUCCCCGCUGUACCCCGGCAGCGAUGGCACCUUGUCUCCAUGUCAGGACCAAAUGCAGCCAGAGGCCGGCAGUGACAGCAGUGGAGAGGAGCAUGUGCUGGCACCCCCGGGACUGCAACCCCCUCAUUUCCCCGGCCAGUGUUUGAUCUGGGCUUGUAAAACUUGCAAGAGAAAGUCGGCCCCCACGGACAGACGGAAAGCAGCCACCCUGCGGGAGAGGAGAAGGCUGAAGAAGAUCAACGAAGCCUUCGAGGCUCUGAAAAGGCGGACUGUGGCGAACCCCAACCAGAGGCUGCCGAAGGUGGAGAUACUGAGGAGCGCCAUCAGCUACAUCGAGAGGCUGCAGGACCUCUUGCACAGGCUGGAUCAGCAGGAGAAAAUGCAGGAGACUGGGGGGGACCCCUUCAGCUUCAGCCCCAAGCAGGGAAAUGUCUCCAGUUCGGACUUCCUGAGCACCUGCAGCUCCGACUGGCAAAGCGCUUCUGACCAUUCCCGAGCCCUAGGACUCAGCCCCAAAGAAGGAGUCUCCGUUGUCGAGUCGUCGGCCUCCAGCAGCCUUCGUUGCCUCUCUUCAAUAGUGGACAGUAUUUCUUCCGACGAUCCCAAACUGCCCAGCGCGGAGGAGGCGGUGGAAAAAUAAACCCGGUUUUGUGGUAGUAUAUUUAAAGGAGAUGGAGCAUCCACCCUCUCUCCUCUAAACCAAGUAACGAAGCAAAUUCACACAGUGGAAAACCCAAGCAUGGCCCUUUUUAAGAUCCAAUUAAGGUACACCUACCCCAAAGAAAAUGGCUCCCACGGUCUCGAGCCAGACAGACUUCUCCCUUGCCUU